GUUGGUCAGAAGAGUGGCGCCAGCGUUAAAAUGCUGAGGUGCACUAGGAUUCUUUCAUUAACUAAUGAAAAGAAUGUAAUACUGAUUAGAUCUCUUUCCACUGCCAAUCCAACCACUGCCACUCAACCCACCAAGACAACUUACGGCCCACUGUCUGAUGAAGAUCGAAUAUUCACUAAUAUAUAUGGUCGACAUGAUUGGCGUUUAAAGGGUGCAAUGAGACGUGGUCACUGGUAUAAGACAAAAGAAAUCGUUUUAAAAGGCAGUGAUUGGAUUAUUGAAGAGAUUAAAAAAUCUGGAUUACGUGGGCGUGGUGGUGCUGGUUUUCCUUCCGGUAUGAAAUGGAGUUUUAUGAACAAACCUAGUGAUGGCAGACCUAAAUAUUUAGUGGUGAAUGCAGAUGAAGGUGAACCGGGUACAUGUAAAGACAGAGAAAUUAUGCGUCAUGAUCCGCAUACACUUAUUGAAGGUUGUCUUAUAGCUGGAAGAGCAAUGGGUGCUAAUGCAGCUUAUAUUUAUAUACGUGGUGAAUUUUAUAAUGAAGCUUCAAAUAUGCAAUUGGCUAUUAGAGAGGCUUAUGAAGCUGGUCUACUCGGCAAAAAUGCCUGCGGUACUGGAUAUGAUUUUGAUGUGUAUAUGCAUCGUGGAGCUGGCGCCUAUAUAUGCGGUGAAGAGACUGCAUUGAUUGAAUCGCUUGAAGGAAAACAGGGUAAGCCUCGUUUGAAACCACCUUUCCCCGCGGAUAUUGGACUAUUUGGUUGUCCGACAACAGUUACAAAUGUUGAAACAGUUGCUGUCGCACCUACUAUCUGUCGUCGUGGUGGUGAUUGGUUCGCCAGUUUCGGGAGAGAAAGAAAUCGUGGUACUAAGUUAUUCAACAUCUCAGGACAUGUUAAUAAUCCGUGUACUGUGGAAGAAGAAAUGUCUAUCCCUAUGCGUGAUUUAAUUGAACGACACGCUGGUGGUGUUAUCGGUGGUUGGGAUAAUUUAUUAGCUGUUAUUCCUGGUGGCAGUUCUACUCCAUUAUUACCUAAAGAUGUAUGCAGUACUGUCCUAAUGGAUUUUGAUGCUUUAGUACAAGCGAAUUCUGGUUUAGGUACAGCAGCAUUGAUUGUCAUGAAUAAGUCAGCUGAUGUGGUCAAGUGUAUUUCACGUCUUAUCAAAUUUUAUGAACAUGAAAGUUGUGGCCAGUGUACUCCAUGCCGUGAAGGAUGUCGUUGGAUGGGUCAAAUAAUGGGCAGAUUUGUUCAAGGUAAAGCGCAUAAAAAUGAAAUUGAUAUGAUAUGGGAAAUAUCGAAACAAAUGGAAGGACGUACAAUCUGUGCUUUAGCCGAUGGAGCUGCGUGGCCUGUUCAAGGUCUUAUUCGACAUUUUCGUCCUGAAUUGGAGGCAAGAUUUGCUAAACACGGUUUAGAAUUACAUCAACCACCGAAAGCUCAAUCAUCUGUCAAUUAUUAACCCCUAUGAUAUAAUUCUCUUUCGUUUUCACUUGUGUUUAUUAUUAUUAUUAGAGGUUAUUUUAACAAAAGGAAAAGAAAAGAAUUCAUGUUUCUGUACUUACCAAAACUAGUUUCCUUUAUUUUGCAUAUAGCUUAAUAGUAGAUUGGUAUUUUUGAAGAAUAACUGUGAAUUGUUUUCUCCUUCAAGCUCCACCUUUUCUCUCUCGAUAUGCUCUCUCUCCUUCAUCUCUCCCCUGUCUCUUGCCUUCUUGUCUGUAUGUAUAUGAAUAAGAUGAGUCUUGAGUGUGAUAAAUUCACCCUAAACAGUCAGGAUUAUUGAUUACUUGUGAAUAAAUUGAGUGACUAGCGUUCUUUUCUUUUUUUAAUCUAUCCAUCUUUCUAUAAAGGAAAUAUAUUGACAGGA